AAAAGUAAAAGUAAUGUGAUACCUUUGUGUACAUUACAAUUCGUGACUCCAUAUAUAUAAUAUCAUAUAUAUAGAUAAUAAUCUAUAUUUUUUAUUUGAUUAGAGUAUUCUACUACUGUAAGAAUGCUCUUUGUAUCGAUAACAAUGAGUACUGACCAUUCACUUACUAAUAGUUUGGACAUAAAUACGAAACUUCAUUAAAAAUUAAUUGAAGAACGUUAGAUAAAUUAAAAUAAGAAUACCAUGUUCAUUGGAUCAUUUACUGUGUUUAUAAAUUUCGUUAUAUUGAGUUUUGCUGAUAAAAAUGUUAAUUUGGGAACUGUUAUUUUCGCAAAUGUCCUUUAUAGGCAUGGUGAUAGAACUCCUAUUGAACCAUACCCAACUGAUCCAUAUAAGAAUGAGUCAUUAUGGCCAGUACCUUAUGGACAGCUAACAAAUCUGGGGAAAAGUCAACACUUUUAUAUGGGCCAGUGGCUUAGGAACAGGUACUCUCAUCUUUUAAGUGACUUGUACAGUCCGUAUGACAUUUAUAUCCGCAGUACAGAUGUAGAUCGUACUUUAAUGUCAGCUGAAACAAAUUUAGCUGGUUUAUAUCCACCUAAAGGAAAUCAAAUAUGGAAUGCUAUCCAUUGGAUGCCUAUUCCAAUACAUACUGUACCAGAAUCAGAAGAUAAUGUUUUAUCAGGAAAAAAAUACUGCCAAAGAUAUAAUUUUGAAUUGGAUAAAGUAUUAGAAUCUCCAGAAAUAAAAAAAAUAAAUCAAGACAAUAAGCAUUUGUAUGAUUAUUUGACAGAGAAAACAGGAAUGAAUGUUACAUCUUUAAAAGAUGUUAAUCAUAUAUAUGAUACAUUGUACAUUGAAGAUUUAUAUAAUAAAACUUUACCUGAAUGGACAAAAUCUGUAUUCCCGGAUAAAUUAAAACCACUUGCUGCAAAAAGUUUUACAAUAAGUGCAUACAAUAAAAUAUUACAAAAAUUGAAGAUAGGUUUAUUGUUUGGAGAGAUAAUAGAUCACAUGGAAAAAAAAUCUAGAAAUGCUUUGGUACCUGAUAGAAAAGUUUGGAUGUAUAGUGCUCAUGAUGAAACAGUGGCAAAUAUGUUAAUGACUUUAGAUUUAUUUUAUCCGCAUUGCCCUCCAUACACAGCCACAAUUUUAAUAGAAUUAAGAGUAAAUUCUAAACAAGAAUACUUUGUCACGAUUUCAUACAAAAAUACUACAGAAGAACCAAAUCUAUUAACUCUUCCUGGUUGCAUUACUUUAUGUCCCUUGAAUAAAUUUAUUAAAUUAACCAAAGACUUUAUACCAGAAGAUUGGCACAAAGAGUGCAUGAUAAAACAGGAAAAUGAUGAAUAUGAUAUGAAUACAAAGACUCUUGUUGCAAUAUGGAGAACAUCAAUAAUGAUGCUUGUUUUUAUAGUUUCGUUAGUAACUGUACUUACUUACCGGCACUAUAAACGUGAGCAAAAUCAGUAUUAUCUCAAAUUAGUAACAGAUCCUAUAUAAUUAUAUACAUAAUGAUUGCAAUUACAAUAUAA